GGCUACAAACUCACGAUGAAUAAGUUGAAUUUUACUGAACACAUCGCCACGACUGAGACGUGCGGAGAAUUCUUGGGCUACCACGUGAAGGCUGUGGGUGCUUCCGCUUGCGUCUUGUGGGAGCUCGCAAGUCCUCCCACGAUGCACAGUUCCAAGAAGAGAACAAACGCCAAAGGACAUAUUACCUUGAGCCGAUUAGACGAACUCCACCGUCGAGCCACAGCGGCCUACGUCGUGGUCCUUUGCUUCACCCUGACGACCUUCUUCGUAUUGCAGCUGGUGAAGAAGUGCAGCGGGAGGAGAGGACAGGUAGAUUCUCAAAGAGUACCCACCGAGGAAGGGCCAUGAACCGAUGCAACAGGAAGUAUUGACACUAGGAGCGAAAUCCACCACAGAGGAAGAUAUUUUCUUUAUAAAUGGAUCUGAAAAUUAUAAUAAAAUAUGAGUAGAGGAUAAAGA